CUUUCCAAUGAUAUAUUUGGUGUAACAUGUAGUUAUGACAAAUGUCCACGCGGGGACACUACAGACCAUCACAUGUGGACGUGCUCUUUGGUGGCGUAGGGCUCCUCCCAGAUUCAGCGGAUGAUGAAUCUCUGGGCUUUGUUACACAGAGACAUCGGACGACAAAGAACGGUUGUCUGCUUUGGUCGUGAAAAUGUCAACAUAUUCGUUUGGAAUAUUUCGUCCCUGAUCGCGAUAUCGUAGUUGCUGUAACAUAUUGCUCAGAUUUGCCUACAUGCUCCGUCUUGAUAUCUGGAAUUAUGUAUUUACCGAGGAGAACGAGCUCUGUGUGGAUAUAUCUCUUAUUCGUGUUUCUAGAUUAUUACUGGGAAGCGGUGUCUGGGCAGCUCUCUUACUCCGUCUCAGAGGAGGUAAAUCUGGGGACUGUUGUCGGAAACAUCGCUAAAGAUCUGAACAUCAAUGUCCAGGAUUUGGAGUCCCGAAUGUUUCAGAUCGUUGCUGGAUCAAAGAGAAAAUAUUUCGAGGUAAAUCUAAAGACUGGUGUCCUGUACGUUAAUGAGAGAAUAGAUCGAGAGGAACUCUGUGGCAAUGAACCAAAAUGUUCACUGAGUGUAGAAGCAGUGAUUAAUAAUCCACUGAAACUGUACCGCAUUGAAAUAAUAAUUUUAGAUGUCAAUGAUAAUUCCCCAUCAUUUCUCAGCACCUCACAGGUAAUCAACAUUACUGAGAGCACAGCAGCAGGGGCUAAAUUCCCCCUGCGUCCAGCUCACGACGAGGACGUCGGAAAAAACACUGUGAACACCUACAAGCUUAGUCAAAAUGAACACUUCUCUCUGGUUACACUUAAAGGAGAGACUGUAUCUCCUGAAUUAGUGCUUCAGAAAAUUUUAGACCGAGAAAAACAAUCUGUGAUUCGACUCACACUGACUGCCGUUGAUGGAGGAACUCCUGCUAAAUCAGGCAGCAUGACUAUAAUAGUUUAUGUGUUGGACAUUAAUGACAACGCUCCUGUAUUCAGUCAAACUCUAUACAAAGCCAGUGUUUAUGAGAAUGUGAAAAUAGGCACAUCGAUAAUAGCAUUAAAUGCUACUGAUUUAGAUGCAGGUCCAAAUGGACAAGUGUUAUAUUCAUUCAGUGAAGCAGGUCGUGGGAAACAAACUGAUCUGUUUGCUAUAGAUGAAAAAACUGGAACUAUAAAAAAUACAAAAAAAAUCGACUAUGAAGAGAAUAGUGCUUUUGAGAUUCGAGUACAAGCCAGUGAUGGAGCUUCUUCUCCUCUCACUUCACAUGCAAAACUAUUGAUUGAAGUGUUAGACGUCAAUGACAAUGCUCCUGAAAUUUCAGUCACAUCUUUGUUAAACACCGUGAAAGAGGACGCGUCCAUUGGCACAGCUAUUGCGCUUGUUUCAGUAUUUGAUAAAGACGGAGGUAAAAAUGGGAUAGUGAACUGUAAAAUUUCCAACAAUGUUCCUUUCAAAUUAGAAUCAAAUUAUAAGAAUUAUUAUUCAUUGGUGGUGGACGGUCCUCUUGACAGAGAGAGCGCAUCUCAAUACAAUAUCAGCAUCACUGCUACUGACGAGGGGAGCCCACCUCUCUCCAGCACGAGUGUUAUUACUGUACACGUCUCAGAUGUGAAUGAUAACAAACCAAUAUUCACAGAAACUGUAAUCAGUGUCUAUGUGAAAGAAAACAGUCCAGUAGGAGCAGUUAUAAAAACAGUUUCAGCGAUUGAUGCUGACAUUGAUCAAAAUGCUCGGGUGAGCUAUUCAUUUUUACAUGACAACAGUAACUCAUUGCCACUGUCCACAAUGGUAAACAUCAACUCAGAGACUGGAGAUAUAGUCAGUCUGCAGUCUUUUAACUAUGAGGAGUUGAAAACGUUCCAGUUUAAAGUUCAGGCUACAGACUCUGGUGUUCCUCCGCUCAGCAGCAACGUGACUGUGAACGUUUUUAUCCUGGAUGAGAAUGACAACAGUCCCUCGAUUCUCGCGCCCUAUUCUGAGCACGGCUCCGUUAACAGUGAGAGCAUCCCCUAUUCUGCUGAAGCGGGAUACUUUGUAGCAAAGAUCAGGGCUGUAGACGCAGACUCUGGACACAAUGCGCUGCUUUCUUAUCACCUCUCUGAGCCCAAAGGAAACAACCUCUUCAGGAUCGGAACCAGCACCGGGGAAAUCAGGACUAAGAGGAGAAUGAGUGACAAUGACCUGAAAACUCACCCCUUGGUGGUGUUGGUGUCUGAUAACGGAGAACCCUCCCUGUCAGCUACUGUGUCUAUUGAUGUGGUGGUGGUUGAAAGCACAGCUGACAUCCAGACUCAGUUCAGACAUGUGCCCAUAAAGGAGGACAGCUUCUCUGACUUAAACCUGUAUCUGCUGAUCGCCAUUGUGUCGGUGUCAGUCAUCUUUCUGCUGAGUCUCAUCAGUUUAAUAGCUGUCAAAUGUCACAGGACAGACGGCAGUUUCAGCAGGUACGGCCCUCCAAUGAUCACCACCCACCCUGACGGGAGCUGGUCUUACUCUAAAGCUACUCAGCAGUAUGACGUCUGUUUCAGCUCAGACACGCUCAAGAGUGACGUAGUGGUUUUCCCCGCACCGUUUCCGCCUGUAGAUGGAGAACUGAUCAGUAUUAACGGAGGAGACACUUUUACCAGAACUCAGACUUUACCUACUAAAGAAAAGGUAAGAACAUAGUUGCAUUUAAAAUGGGCUUUGUGUUAUGCAUGUGUUGGGAAGCUGUUAUGGCAUUCCCUCUCACUGCAUUUUAAUUGACACAGUAUUAAUUACAAAUUGAGGUCAU